ACGACAGAGGGGGCGGUGUCUCAGACUUUUUCGCCCCCCAGUGUCCAGUCGGUGUGUGUGUGUUCGCACUCUGCGUGUGGCACAUCAUCCCUCGGAGCAGUAGCGGUACAGCGGUGGUUGGAACGCUUUUUCCAGAGUUGUUUUGGGACACUGCGACAGAUACACCAAGUCAGUAUGACUGACUUUGCCAUUCUGAGCACAGGGCAGAAGAUGCCCCUCAUUGGCCUUGGCACAUGGAAAAGUGAGCCUGGGAAGGUGAAGCAGGCUGUGAACUGGGCUCUGCAGGCUGGCUAUCGGCACAUUGACUGCGCUGCUAUCUAUGGCAAUGAGGUAGAGGUGGGGCAAGCACUAAAGGAAACACUGGGCUCAAACAAGGGAAUAAAACGAGAAGAUCUGUUUGUUACCUCCAAGCUGUGGAACACACAACAUCACCCUGAGGAUGUGGAACCAACCCUGAAAAAGACCCUAGAGGAACUGCAACUGGACUACCUUGACCUUUAUCUCAUCCACUGGCCCUAUGCUUUCCAACGGGGUGAUAUUCCGUUUCCCAAGAAGGAGGAUGGCACCAUACUUUAUGACAACAUUGACUACAAACUGACUUGGGCAACUAUGGAGGGCUUGGUUGAGAAAGGACUGGUGAAGGCUAUUGGGCUCUCCAACUUCAACAGUAGACAAAUUGAUGACAUUCUCUCUGUUGCCAAAAUCAAGCCAGUGGUUCUGCAGGUGGAGAGUCACCCGUACCUCACGCAGGUGGAGCUGCUUCAACACUGCCAGAAGCGAGGACUUGUGAUGACAGCAUACAGUCCUUUAGGCUCGCCAGACCGAACCUGGAAACACCCUGAUGAGCCUGUACUGCUAGAUGAGCCUGUAUUAGCCACACUGGCACUUAAAUACAACAAGACUCCAGCACAAGUUAUCCUACGAUGGCAAACCCAGCGUGGAGUGGUGACAAUUCCCAAAAGUGUGACAGAGUCUCGCAUCAAAGAGAAUAUCCAGAUUUUUGACUUUGCUUUGGACCCAGAAGAGGUGAACAAAGUGACAGCCUUAGAUAGAGGCUGGCGUUAUAUCAUCCCAAUGGUAACGGUUGAUGGGAAACGUGUGCCCAGGGAUGCUGGACAUCCUCACUAUCCAUUCAAUGACUCCUUCUGACCCCUUUGAAGUGUGCCUUCAGAGUCCCUUGAACCUCUACUGCCAGUUUUCUCUAAUAAAAGACUGUUAACUCCA